GUCUUGCAGCUUGGUUCCUUAUAUUGAAUCCAAGGCUGGCUUCUGGACCAGCACCAAAGUCAUUAGCAGCAACAGUUCCCAUCCACAGAAGCGCACAUCAAAGAGGGGGAACUAAGCCAUGGAGGCCACGGCGCUGAGCUUGGGCAAGUCUGUGCUGGAUGGAGCUCUUGGCUACGCCAAAUCCGCUUUAGCGGAGGAGGUGGCCUUGCAGCUCGGCGUCCAGCGCGAUCAUGCUUUCAUCAGGGAGCUUGAGAUGAUGCGAGCUUUCCUGAGGGCCGCACAUGACGAGCGAGGCGACCACCAGGUGCUCAUGACCUGGGUGAAGCAAGUCCGCGACGUGGCCUAUGAUGCCGAGGAUAUCCUCCAAGAUUGUUUGGCUCAUCUCAAGAAGCCAUCAUGGUGGCGCCGCCCUAGCACGCUGCCGGAGAGGCGCCGCAUCGCCAAGAAGAUGAAGGAGCUGAGAGCCAGAGUUGAGGACGUCAGCCAGAGAAACCUGCGCUACCAACUGGUCAAGAGCGCCGGCUCCAAGCCUGAAGACGGCACUGAGGUAGCCGGUGCAGCAGCAAUGUCAGGCAUGGAGGAAGCACUGCGGCAGCAGAACAAGUCCAAAGCGGAUCUCAUUCGACUGGUCAACAAGAAGGAUGAGGAGCUUAGAGUAAUCGGUGUAUGGGGAACAAGUGAUCUUCUUGGGGAGAAAUCCAUCGUCAAGAGAGCAUAUGAUGGACUCAAAAGGGACAGGAAGUUCCAAUACCACGCCUGGAUCAGUAUGGUGCGGCCUCUCAGUACAACAGCGAUUCUGCAAGACAUUGUGAUGCAGUUCGCUGUAGAUUCCCUCGAGGGAGAAAAUAAGAAACAUAUAUCAGCUCCUCAUGAAGCUCAAGAUCUGCGGAGAUUGUGGGUGGCCAAGGAAGAUGAUCUGGCUGACGAGUUUAGAAAAUUCUUGAAUGAGAAGAGUUACCUGAUUGUGGUUAAUGGCCUAUCCACUAUGGAUGAGUGGGACCAGAUCAGAACAUGCUUCCCGACUAACAAGAAAGGAAGUCGACUCCUAGUGUGCACACAGCAUGUAAAAAUUGCAAGCUUGUGUGUUGAGCCAUCCACUCUGCUGCUACCAGAGCACAAGCAAUUGUUUCCUGAUAAAGCCCUCUAUGCUUUCUACGACAAGGGUUUACAAGAUCCGUGUUCAGGGGAUCCGGGGCCUAGCUCAACCACAAACACUCCUGAUGAUUCGGGAGAUGGAAAGUAUCUCACACGCAUGGUGACAAAUGUAACUGCUUUUAAGGAAUCUAAGCUCAUCGGGCGACAGAGCGAAAAGUCACAAAUUCUCAAGUUGAUGUCAAAUGAACUUAGCCAAGAUUUCGAGGUCAUCACAGUAUGGGGAAUGGGUGGUCUUGGCAAAACCACACUAGUUAAAGAUGUCUAUCAAAGCCUAGAGCUCAACGCUAUGUUUGACAAGCGUGCCUGUGUCACAGUAAAGCGACCUUUCAAUCAUACAGAAAUUCUUAAUAGUUUGGCUGAGCAACUGAGUAGCCAGAAGCAAUGGAACCCUGACAUUUUAGAAGGAAAAAAAUACUUGAUUGUUCUUGAUGAUUUAUCUACCACCAAAGAAUGGAAUGAUAUACAGAAUCAUUUCCCUAGAAUGGUAGCAGAAAGCCGAAUCAUAGUCACCACAAGGUUAAAUGAAAUUGCUCGGCAUUGUUCGUCGAAGCCAACACAUAUCAUGGAGCUCAAAAUCCUAGAAGAAAAAGAUGCACUUGACCUCUUCACAGAGAAGGUAUUUGGGAAGAUUACAAAUUUAAAUGAGGAGUGCCCUGAGUUGUAUGAGGUGGCUGAAUUGAUUAUGAAGAAGUGCAAAGGACUUCCCCUUGCAAUAGUGACCAUAGGUGGCUUCUUGGCCAAGCAACCGAAAACUCCUAUGGAGUGGAAAAAAUUGAAUUCACAUAUUAGUGCUGAGUUGGAAAUGAACCAAGGGCUCAGAAAUAUUAAAAAUGUUCUUAAUAAGAGCUACGAUGGUUUACCUUAUCAUCUGAAGCCUUGUUUCUUAUAUCUGUCUAUCUUUCCUGAAGACCAAGAUAUUAAACGAAACCGCUUGGUGCGCCGGUGGAUUGCUGAGGGUUACUCGACAGAGGUGCUUGGUAAGCCUUUGAUAGAAACAGCUGAGAGCCACUUCAUGGAACUCGUUGAUAGGAGCAUGAUUCUACCAAAUAAAACAACAUAUUUCAGCAAAAAAGUAAUAAACUCUUGUCAAGUCCAUGAUCUCAUGCGUGAAAUCAGCAUCUCAAAGGCAGCAGAAGAAAAUCUUGUAUUCAGGCUGGAAGAAGAUUGCAGUUCAAACACAAUUGGGACGGCACGCCACCUUACUAUAAGUGCCAAUUGGAAGGGAGACGAAGCUGAUUUCGAGAGCAUGGUGGAUGUGUCUCGUAUACGAUCGCUAACAGUGUUUGGAAAGUGGAGGCAGUUUUUCAUUUCUGACAAGAUGAGGUUCCUGCGUGUUUUGGACCUGCAAGACACCAAGGGUCUAUGCAAUCAUCACCUUGAACAUAUUGGGAAGCUUGUUCACCUAAGGUAUCUUUCUCUAAGAGGUUGUCUAGGUAUCUAUCACCUUCCAGACUCUGUGGGUAACAUGAGGCAACUCCAAACACUAGAUAUUAGAUUAACAUGGAUUGCCAUGCUGCCAAAGACCAUUGUCAAACUUAAGCAGUUGCAGUAUCUUCGCAUUGGUGGCUUAAGAACUGAUCGUGUUUAUUUCCUUGAUAGACUGAAGAGUAAGUGUGUGGCAUUUUGCUCAUGUCAUCAGCCUACAUACUAUGAUAGUGAUAUGGAGGAGACCUGGUGUGAUAGGUGCACUAAAUGUUGGUAUGUCGUGAUGCCUGGCCUAGCGACGCCUUCUGGAAGUGGUACUCCUGUGCCGAGAGGUGUGGGGAAUCUGAAGGCCUUGCGCACACUAGGUGUAGUGGACAUCGGAAGUGGGAACGCCCAAAUAAAGGAAAUAAAAAGGCUUACUCAGUUGCACAAGUUGCAGGUCACUGGUAUCAACAAGAAAAAUUGGCAGGAGUUCUGUUCCACUCUUGAGUCUCUCAGCUGCCUGGAAUCAUUGUCAAUGUCUUCAUCAGGGCUUAAUGGUAGUUUACGUUGCCUUUCGGAUGCCGUAUUCUUGCCUCCCAAUAACCUCCGUACCCUCAUGCUGUUGGACGAUCUGGGCAAAAUGCCUGCAUGGAUCAUGCACCUGCGGAACCUUGCGAAGCUGAGACUGAUGUGUACCCAUCUAACGGAUUCUGAUGGCACCAUGCAACUCCUUGGCAAUCUACCAGACCUAGCCAUCCUAAGAGUAGACAGUUACACAUUUGAAGUCGAAGGGCUCUGUCUCAAUUUCCUACCGGAGGCAUUCCCUAGUCUAGUGGCGCUGCAGCUGUGUAGCGCACACAGAAGAGCACGCGGAAGUGAGAUCAAAUCUGUGGAGUUUAAAGAGGGGACAGCGCCUAAGCUUGAGGUGCUGAGGUUUACAUAUCGUCGCGAUGUAGUAAUCAAUGAUGGGUUGUUUUCUGGGCUAGCAUCCCUCCCAGGCCUCAAGAAAUUUGAGCUGGGCAUCCACAGCUUCGAAGGCAAGGAAGGAUUCGUGGAACAUGUGCGGGCCCAGCUUGCCCUGAAUCAAAACCAGCCUGUUUUGACAAAAGCAUGGUAAUUUCUCAAGCGCCACUGCAAAAACUCCAAAAUCCUCGAAGUUCAAGGGCUCUGUCUCAAUUUCGUGGCAGAGGCAUUCCCAAGUCUAGUGGCUCUGGAGCUUUCUAAUUCUAGUGCACAGACAAGCGCAGACAGAGGUGAGAUCAAAUCUGUGGAGUUCAAAGAAGGAGCAGCACCAAAGCUUGAGGUAAUCAGGUUUAUAUAUCACUGGGGUGUAAUAAUCAAUGAUGGGUUGUUUUCUGGGUUGGCAUCCCUCCGAAGCCUCAAGAAAUUUCACCUGGUCACCGACAGCUUCGAGCGCAAGGAAGCAUUGGUGGAAUAUGUGCGAGCCCAGCUUGCCCAGAAUACAAACCGGCCCUUUUUGAUAAAAGGAUGGUAAUUUCUGUAGCACCACUGCAAAAACUCAAAAAUUCUUGAUUUAUCACAGCAGGAUUCGUACCUUCUAUAUAUGCAAUUUUGUUUGAACAAUCCAUGCCCCUGUCAGUUUUCUAUUUCUCCUAGUACUCCUGUAGUAGUGAACCGGCCACAUGUCUGUAUGUGAACAAUUCUG